AUGGAUCCUGCCAUAAAUGAACGAUUCCAUCUUUUUCCUUACCAGCGUCUAGGGGCCGUUGCAAGUGUGGGUGGAUUGAUAGGGGCCUUCUCGGGGUUCUAUGAAGGUAUAAAGAUCGGCUCGUUACGCUACUUGAUCGAAAAUAGUCAUCGUCUUCCUCGAACCGUUGGAGGAUGGUAUUUUUACCACAAGAAAAAAAACUACGUUAUGAUUGUAGGAGGGUGUAAGCUUGCUCUAGUACAAGGAGCCAAGUAUUCUGGAGCUGUGACGGGACUUUUUGGCACUGAGGCUAUCAUAGAUUAUGUACGAGGAACCAUCGACUUUGCCAGUACUACUGCAGCUGCUGCUAUCACUGCCGGAACUUAUGCUUGGUAUAACCAGCUUUCCAGGGUCCAGAGUGCCAAUUAUUUAAAGAAGGGAGCUUUUUUGGGACUAAGUUUGGGUGUGACUCAGGAUUUGAUCAUCUGGCGCCGUGGAGGACAUAUCUGGUAUAUGGACAAAUUGGGUGUAAUUAACCCGCAAAUUGUAAAUAGGUUAUGA